AUGUUAUGCCCUAGUGUUGAUCAUUAUCCCUCAGAAGAUGAGAAGCUCCGCGCCUCAAAGCUCAGUCGACGACGCGGCGGAAAUUGCCCUAAUUCACUCGAAGUCCUCCAGCAGCUCGUGGAAGUUUCUCAGUCAGACCUGUCACUGGGACUCAUGACGGUGCUCCCAAAACGCCAGUCACACAGCACGGCCUUCAUCCGGGAUUCGCUAGGCCCAAGCGUUGACUGCGACAAUUGCGUUUACCGCGAGGACACCUCUGAACCGGCCUCGUGCUAUGUCAUCCAGAGCCAGCAGACGGGGAGCAGGACUAUUGUUAAUUAUAACGGGUUGUCCGAGAUGACCUUUGAAGAAUUCAAAACUUGUGUCGGACAAACAGAGCUGGAAAAUUGUUGGUUUCAUUUUGAGGGAAGAAUCCCAGAUACUACCCUGAAAUGCCUCCAAUUUCUACGCAGAACGCAGCCGUCCGUCCAGAUCAGCGUCGAGCUCGAAAAACCAGGCCGCGCUGGACUUGACAAGCUUGCUGCCGAAGCCGAUCUGGUUUUUUAUGCCAAAGGCUGGGCCCAGGCAUGCGGCUAUAAAUCAAUGGAAGAGUGUUUAAGAUCACAGUCUCGAGUCACACCGAAAGCGAAAUAUCUAUUUUGCACCUGGGGAGAGGAUGGUGCUGCACUCUUGACACGAUCAGAUAGCACUUGCAUAUCCGUCCCUGCGUUGAAAAUCGCAGAUUCAGAGGUGGUCGAUACAAUAGGCGCAGGCGACACAUUUAUUGCCGGUAUCUUUUUUGGUCUUCUAUGCCACUAUGAUGAAUGGGAAUGGGCUCGCAAACUGCGUUUUGCCAAUGAGCUUGCCGGCCGGAAAGUUGUCCAGGAAGGAUUCCAAGGUCUAGGACAGGUCAUGACUCGUCAGAUGAGAUGA